UGUAUAUACACAAAGCCUUUCAAAAUGAUGACUCCAGGUAACGUAGCACCUAAAUUCCGUGAUACUUUUCAAGUAGCAACAAAAGACAUAUUAAGGUGGUUCCCUGGGCACAUGGGUAAAGGUGUAAAGCAAAUGAAACAGCAAUUAAAGAACGUAGAUUUAGUGGUUGAAGUUCAUGAUGCCAGGGUUCCUAUCUCUGGGCAUUACGCAGAUUUUAGUAAAACAAUAACUGGUCUGAAACCACAUAUCUUUUUAUUAAACAAAAUGGAUUUGACUGAUACGAAAUUUAAGAAUUCUGUAAUAAAAAAUUUAAACAAUAAGGGAUUACCAAAUGUACUGUUUACUAGUUUUAAAAAUCAGAACUGCAAAGGUGUUAAGGAACUUUUGCCUUUAGCUCAGAGAUUAAUCAAGGAAUCGAAUCGUUUUAACAGAUCACAAGAAUCGUCAUUUCAAAUGAUGAUUAUCGGUGUACCUAACGUAGGGAAAUCUUCGUUGAUCAAUCGUUUAAGGAACAAUGUUCUUCAUAAAAGUAGCGCUGUGGCGGUUGGUGCUGUUGCUGGCAUCACGCGAUCUGUCUCUACACGAGUAAAAGUGUCAGAAAUUCCAGAUAUCUACGUUUUAGAUACACCUGGAAUUUUAGCUCCGAGAAUAAAUGAUAUGCAUACGGGUUUAAAAUUAGCGUUAGUCGGUUGCAUGCAAGAUCAUUUGGUAGGCCCUGAAAUUCUUGCAGAUUAUUUGCUGUUCUGGUUGAACAAGCACGAACGAUUUGAGUAUGUAGAGAAAUUAGGAUUAACAAACCCGAGUGAUGAUAUAUCGCACGUACUUGUAUAUAUCGCAGCGAAGCUGAAAAAAACGUUAGGCAUAAGAAAUUACGAUGGUAAAAUAAUUAUGAAACCGGAUAUGAGGUUUGCUGCAGAGCAUUUGCUCUCUAUGUUCAGAAAAGGGGAAUUAGGCAAUUAUUGUUUAGAUGAGGAUUUGUUAUAUUAACGUUCCAUAUUAUGUUAUAUGUGUAAAUAAGUGACCAUUCAUAUAAAAUGUUAUUUACAAUUAUAUGAACUCAGAGAAUGAAUAAAACUAAUUAAUGUAAACGAUUAAGAGAACGAAGUAUUUUGUGAUAAAAGAACCAAAUAGAUAAUUUCAUAUUUAUAUCUUUAAUGAACAGGAGCUAGAGUACUAGCAGGAAAUACUGAUAUACAUUUAUCUAUUAUGUUAUAUUUAUAAGCAAUAAAUAAAAAAAUGUGAUACUUCCAUAACAUAAUUUAUCAAACAGAAGUAAUGGUAUUUUUUUUCAUUUUAAUGCUCUAGUCACCUUUUACUUCUUUUUUGUAUAUAUUAUACAAAUCUAUUAAUAUUACGUUAAGCAAAUCGACUAAUGUAUUAGACUUCUACCAGAAUACUAAUUAUAAUAUCUAGAUUUCAUCUAAAAAUAGCUUUAAAUAAAAACUACAUUUACAUGUAUUUCUUCUUGCAUAUGUCUCCUAACUUAUUCUCAUUUGUAAUAAAUUUAUAUGACGACGAACAAAUAAAUCGUUGUGAAGAUUA